UGGCGACCAUCUCUCGCCGACUUUGAGGUCCUUUGAUGAUAUGCUUACCGACCGCCGCUAGAGCUUCAGAAACAAUCAUUGCGGCGAGCACCUUGAAGUAUAAAAGUAGGCAGCUGGAGAACAGCGACCAAUUCUGUGGGAGGGUUGCCAUACUACGUUUCCCUCGAAUUUGUCUGCACCGUCGUACAUGUUGAGCAUUCGUCGAAUUGUCAAGACAAACUAUGACCACCACCGCAAAGUCCACCUCACUCCGCGUCGGCAUGCUGCUGAUACCGCCCGUCCAGCUCCUCGACGCCGCGGGCAUCGACGCAUUCGGCAUGCUCGCGCCGGACUAUCUCAACGCAUGCGGCCUGCCUCAACCACUGCUUGACCUCGCCAUCCCAGUAUCAAUUCACUACAUCAGUCAGUCUGGUCCUGACUCGCACGUACCGAUGACAUCCUCAACAACACUACCCAUCACAGACUCGUUGACUUCCCCAGCCGUGCAACCAGGUCAACUCGACGUCUUGCUCAUUCCUGGCCCAGAUCCGAAUGCUAUUCCUGACCGAGCGGUGGUAGACUUUCUUCGCGCACACCAGAAAUUCGACAGAACUGACUUCUUGAUCAUAUGCACCGGGAAUUUCCCUGCCGGUUAUGCUGGUCUUCUGGACGGAAAGAGAGUGACCGGGCCUAGGGGAUUGCUACCAAAGUUGAAGGUGAAGUUCCCUGCCGCAAAGUUCGUCGACAGGCGGUGGGAGAGAGACGGCCGGGUUUGGACGUCUGGUGGCAUAACGAAUGGCCUUGACCUCAUCGCUGCAUAUUUACAUUACAAAGUGCAGAAGGAGUUGGCCGACCUGGUCUGCGCCAUGGCAGAGAUUGGCGACCGACCACAAGAUUACGAUGCGGGCAAGGCAAGCAAUACCCUUUGGUGGCUCUGGUUGAUCCUCAGAUCAUUGGUCAAGGGCAAAGCCAAACACGGCAAGGACAAGAAAGCAAAUUGAAUUGCCAUAGUGAGCAGGUGAUCAGCUUUCAAAUCUUUCAUGUUUCCGCUAUAUACCUCGAACUCUCAUGGCUCAUCGAUCAUCUGCAUCUUCGACUUCUAAGAUGUCCGGAAUGUUGAUAUAUAAGACUUCGGUUCUUUCAGUCGAGAGAUUUGUGUUUCGAACAAACUUGAUCUUCCAGGCACCAUUGUUGUUCGUGCCUGACGCGCCUCCACUCGAUACCCAGAUCCCACCGCCUUGCACGAAUUCGCAGUUCUUCACAAUCUGGCCGUACUUCGAAAGGAUUCGCUCACUUCACGGCGCUCAGCACCAGCAGACAUGUAAAAGUGGCUAGGAUAUCCCUGUAACAGGCAGAGUCAGCGUUGAUCUAAAUGUUAGAUCUUUGAGUCAUGAACUUACUUCCAACGGGUGUACAAUCUGGUCUGCGGCAAGAUCUCUCACGGGAUCGGAGUUAAAGCCAUGUUUUUCCGUUCAGAGAAAGACAUGACAAGAUAGGAUGACGAGAUGGGAUGGAGGAGAAGAAGGAGGAGAAGGAGGAGGAGGAGAAGGAGGAGAUCCUGUACCAAGGGCUGUUCCAGAGUGAAGGACCAGGUUGACUGCUGUCAAAACCUGGAGCGUGGUACUGUGUGAGUGAUCACUCAUGAAUGGUGCGGGUGGGUGGUAGGAGCUAGGCCAAUGUUAGUGGAUGAACAGGAACAUUGGGGAGUGGAUGAGCCUACUCAUGGUCGCUGGCUGUCCUAGGAGUCUUGGAUCGAUGCACGACAGCGGGACAUGACGAAGUGGUGUCUGUGUGGACUGAGUAGGAGCGGCAUUACCAGGAAGGCGUGCUUGAGGAGAGCCGUCCUGACCUUGAGUGGAAGAAGACAUGUCGGAACCCGCCAUUUGAGGCUCGGGGCAUUAUAUGUCCCAUGCUGGGUUGACGUCGACGACCCAGCACAGGCCGGCGUAAUCGAAGGCGCUGGAGUAUUGGAUGCACGCGUCGGAUGGCAUCAUCGCAGGCUCAGAUUUGCGUCUUGCCCAUCUGCAAAACACGGAGCUUGUCAUUCUCUGAAACGCGGACACCCAUCAGAGCUCUUGUCGACGCUGUAUCGAGAUCAAACGGCGAACGCAUCGAACUUCAAAGUCAAAAUGUCGACACCUAGGCCCGACAGGCGCAUGCCCGUGUAGCCGAAGACAAGGCUCGUCCAGGUAUGUCCCACUGGUAGAGUGUGUGAGAGGGAGAGGGAAUGACCAAACCAUCCUCAGGAAACCCCUCUUGCAACGACAACGAGAGCCCGCCCCGGUUCUUUACCGGAUCUCGCUUUUAGCCACUUCCAAUCGAAAUCUUCUUGUGAUUCCUGGCGGCGACUUGUCCGUGGCGGUCAUCUCUCGUUUGCUCAAGAUCCAGACGGCGAAGGAGUAGAGUUCCUUUUGAGCUCCUUUGAAAAAAAGAACAACUGGGCCUUUCCACUGCGUGAGUUGCACGGCUCUUCUUCGCCAUGCCCGAUUGUCCGCUUUCACCAAGGUCUGUCAAACCCGGCAUUGCAUUGGGUGGCUGGAGAUGGCGCUGUGCAAGUGUGUGCAUGGCCUUCGGACACACCUUGUAGAAGAGAAGCCCAGCGCAAAUGUCCACCAAAUAUGCAAUGCUGAGUCGCUGAC